CUCUGCGGUCAUUGCACGAUAUGGGUGCACUUGCCUACAUCCAGUAUACUUCAGCACCUCAGAGUGCUCUUACUCAGCUGUCAAAAAUGUUGGUAUAGCCACACCUGGUGGCUCAAGUCUUUAAAUUCCAGCACUCAGGAGCCAGAGGCAGGCAGAUCUCUGAGUUAUGGAUGGUUGAUUGAUGUUAUAUAAUUGAGUUCAGGUCCUCUGCAAGAGCAGCCAGUGUGCUUAACUUCUGAGACUCUCUCCAGCCCCCAUAAUAACUUCUAAAUACACAUUUAAUCUAAACUUCUCUGUAACAUUGGACUCAGUUAUCUUUGUACCUCAUAGAGAUUACAGAAAAAAAUCCUCCAGUUCACUUUACCUCCAAUUCCAUGAAUUGAUAUUUGAUGAGUUCUACAUUCAAGAGUUCUUCUACAUUCUUCAUUUUUCAUCUUUCAUACAUGGCCAGUCAAUAUAUAUUGAGCCCAUCCUCUAUGACACCAGUCAUCAACCCAUUAGAUCAUUAUGUAACUCCCCUGACUGAAGAUGUUUUGGUAACAUUAGGAAAAGAAGAGUUCCAAAAACUGAGACAUGAUCUGGAAAUGGUAUUAUCUACUAUUCAGUCAAAAAAUGAAAAGUUAAAGGAAGACUUAGAAAGGGAGCAGCAGUGGUUGCAUGAACAGCAACAAAUAAUGGAAACUCUUCAAGAAUUACACAGUGAAUUGAAAAACCAGGUGGUCACAUUUUCUGAAUCAAGAAUCUUUAAUGAGCUGAAAGCUAAAAUGCUUAGUAUAAAAGAAUUUAAGGAGAAACUCUUGAUUGCCUUGGGUGAGUUUUUAGAAGACCAUUUUCCUCUGCCUGAUGGAAAUGUUAAAAAGAAAAGGAAAAACAUUCAAGAAUCAACUGCACAGCUGAUAACACUGCAUGAAAUAUUAGAGAUCCUUAUAAAUAGAAUGUUUGAUGUUCCACAUGAUCCAUAUGUCAAAAUUAGUAAUUCCUUUUGGCCACCGUAUGUUGAGCUGCUUCUUCGUAAUGGAAUUGCUUUGAGAAAUCCAGAAGAUCCAACCCAAAUAAGAUUAGAAGCCUUCCAUCAGUAAAAUGGUGGUCUGUUUUCACACAGUAUGGAAUCAUGUCACUCAUGAAUAAAGUUAUUUGCAA